AGCUUCAUCUAAGAGCAAAGGAGAGCAGAGGCAGAUACACACGCAGCUGGACCAUACUGUCCCGAAAGACAGACCUCAACAGCUGACAAAUAUUCUAAGUGAAGAGAAGAGUUAGAGAAGCUCUGAUUGAUUUUUUUGGUUUGGUCCGGAAUCUGCAACAACUUCCAAAGGGAGGACUGGGACUGCAAGACAAUCCUCUUCUGUUCAAUUUUGUUUUUGCAUUUUCUUUUUAUUUAUUGCGUUUGAAAGCCCAAGAUCAGCAGAGAUUACACUUUAUUUUGCACUGGAUAUAGGUGUUUUUUUAGUCUUAACAUUUCUUCUUGUUUACAAGCUAGUCUUGGACACUCAGUGCCCAAUAUUUUUGCAAAGGGCUGCAAACCUUGCGCGGAUUUUUGUUGCGGCCACUCUACAAUCAUUUAAAAAACUCUUUUCCCUUUUGGGAUUCAGGAGGAAUAUCAUGGAGGUUUUGCAUUUGGCGGUCUGUUUACUUUGUGCUGUUGGCGUUAGUGCCGGGCGCAGCGCUUUUCAGCAGAGUACGGUGGUGCCGGUUCGGCUUGACCCGGAUCAUAGCCGACAGAAUGAGCAGUGGCGGGACCUUAACGCCGAGGCACAGGAGAAGGAGUCGGAAAAACGCUUUUAUCGCCUGGACGUCUUUGGUGAGCAGCUGGUCUUGGAGCUAGAGCCGGACCACACUUUUUUGGCGCCCGGGUUUGUCUUCCAUGUGGUGGGAAAUCCUGGUUCGACCCCACUGCCAGAGACGGACGGUGGGGCAGAGGCGCGGUGCUUUUUCUCAGGAACGGUGAAUGGAGAGGCCACCUCCGCCGCAGCACUUAACCUGUGCGGAGGACUCCAGGGUGGGUUCUACCUGAGUGGCCAAGAGUACUUUAUCCAACCGGUCAAUGUCAGCGCGGACGUCCAGCCCACGGAUGAGGACCUCCACAUCAUCCAGCGCAGGGCAAGGGGAAUGGUGUCGGAGGAGGGCAACUCCAAGUGCGGCGUGAACGAGGAGGAGGAACGGGUCAAGGAUAGCCCCCACAAACCCAUCUUUAGUCAAGACACAAACUCUGAUUCAAAAGCUCACCAUCGCUCUAAGCGCUUCGUGUCCACCCCUCGCUACGUCGAGAUCAUGUUGGUUGCUGACCAGUCCAUGGCCGAGUUCCACGGCGCGGGCCUGAAGCCGUACCUCAUGACCAUCAUGGCGGUUGCAUCUCGACUCUAUCGUCACCCGACCAUCCACAACUCCAUCAGCCUGGCCGUGGUGAAACUGCUGGUGGUCUACGACGAGCAGCACGGACCAGACGUAUCUUCCAACGCCGCCCUGACCCUCAGGAACUUCUGCCAGUGGCAGCGGCAGCACAACCCGCCCAGUGACCACAAUCCAGAGCACUAUGACACGGCUGUGCUCUUCACGCGACAGGAUUUGUGUGGCGCACAUUCCUGUGACACUCUGGGCAUGGCUGAUGUGGGUACCGUGUGUCAGCCGGAGAGAAGCUGUUCCAUCAUUGAGGAUGAUGGCCUCCAGGCAGCCUUCACUGUGGCUCAUGAACUUGGUCAUGUUUUCAACAUGCCACAUGACGACGCCAAGCAGUGUGCCAGUGUCAACGGCGACCACUGGAGCUCCCACAUGAUGGCCUCCACCCUGUCCAACCUGGACCAGCUGAGGCCCUGGUCCCCCUGCAGUGCCCUCAUGAUCACCUCAUUCCUGGACAACGGACACGGCCAGUGCCUCCUGGACAAACCCCAGAAGCCCCAGCCGUUGCCCCAGGCCCUGCCCGGCACCGUGUACGACGCUGACCGCCAGUGCCGUCUUACUUUCGGCGAGGAGUCCCAGCACUGCCCUGACCUGAGCACCACCUGUGCUGCGCUGUGGUGCACGGUGACUACUGCCAACGGGCUGCUGGUGUGCCAGACCAAGAACUUCCCCUGGGCGGAUGGAACGGCUUGUGGACACGACAGCUUCUGCCUGGCCGGCCAGUGCCUCAGCAAGACGGAAGCGGCUAAGCUCCAGACUCCAGUGAACGGUGGUUGGGGUACGUGGGGACCAUGGGGAGAGUGCUCUCGCACCUGCGGAGGAGGCGUGCAGUACUCCUUCAGAGACUGUGACAGCCCCACGCCCAAGAACGGCGGCAAAUAUUGUGAAGGCAAACGGAUCCAGUAUCGCUCUUGCAACACUGAGACCUGCCCCGACAGCAAUGGUUUGACGUUCCGUGAAGAACAGUGUCUGGCCCACAAUGACAUUUCCUCCCAGGUCUCCUUCGGGUCCAGCAGCGGCGUUGAGUGGGUGCCCAAAUACGCUGGCGUAUCGCCCAAAGACCGGUGCAAGCUGGUGUGCAGAGCCAAGGGCACAGGCUACUUCUUCAUCCUCAAGCCUAAGGUGGCUGACGGUACACCCUGCACCCCGGACUCCACCUCAGUGUGCGUGCAAGGCCAGUGCGUGAAAGCCGGCUGCGAUCGCGUCAUCGGUUCCAACAAGCGCUUUGACAAGUGUGGCAUCUGUGGCGGUGAUGGUUCCACCUGCAAGAAGGUGUCUGGGUCCUUGGACCGAGCAAGGCCUGGGUACCAGGACGUAGUCACCAUCCCCGCCGGCGCCACCCUCGUUGACGUCAAGCAGCGUAGCCCCGGUGGCCGUCGCCACGACAACAGCUACCUGGCGGUCAAACGGCCGGACGGCACCUACCUGCUGAACGGUGACUACAAGCUGACGACGCUGGAGACCGACAUCUCCCUGCGGGGGUCGCUGUUGCGCUACAGCGGAUCCUCGGCCUCCCUGGAGCGCCUCCGCAGUUUCGCCCCUCUCCCCGAGCCCCUCACCAUCCAGGUGCUGUCAGUCGGAGAGUCCCCGAGGCCCAGAGUCAAGUACAGCUACUUCGCCCCGAGACCCGUCACGUCUUCCACCUCCUCCACAUCGACGUCCGCCUCCCCAGGUUCGGCCUCGUCCUCCUCGUCUUCCGGAUCCCAGUCCCGGCAGUCCAUCAAUGCCAUCCGGGAGGCGGGAGGCGCCGAGUGGACCCUACGGGAGUGGGGCCCCUGCUCGCAGACGUGCGGCGGUGGCACGCAGCAGCGGGAGGUGCUGUGCCUGGACGCCCAAGGCCGGCAGUCGCGGGAGUGCCCCGAGGAGCUGAGACCCCAGGCCAGCCGCGCGUGCUCGGCGCAGGCCUGCCCCAGCUGGCUGUUGGGAGAGUGGUCCAACUGCUCCAAGACGUGCGGCCGGGGCUUCCGGAAGCGCAUGCUGCGCUGCGUGGGCCACGACGGCCGGACGAUGCCCAACGAGAGCUGCAGCGCCAAGGACAGGCCCAGGCCCCUGCUGGACCUGUGCAACCAGAGCGCCUGCUAGUUAGCGCUAGCGAGUCCACCUGAACUGAACUGAGAGGGAGAGUGAUGCCCCCUAGUGACGGUCUUGGUGAACAGCAGCUGCAAUGUAGCCUGUUCCCAGUCCUGACUCGUGAAACAUCUUAAGAAGUUGACCGAGGCGUUAGAAAAGGGGGGAUAGUUAGUGGGUGCCUCCCUCCACUCCUCUUCUCGAUGUUGUCAAGUGACUGCAAACUAGCCUUGUUUGUCCAGAGGGGAAGGGGAACUUGUUAGUGCCCUGGCCUGUGCAAAUGGUAAGAGACACUGACAGCUGGCACGGCUUGGGGGGUCCCUGGCCCGGUUGCAAGUCACCUCAGCAACAGGAGCUUCAGAAAUUGGCAUAGCAUUACCACAGAGGUGAUGGAGGAGGUUGAAGAGAAACCUGGACAGUGCACACACGCUCCUCUUUUCUUCAUCAAGUGUGCUUCCUGUGCCAAGAUCCAUCCAUGCGUGAAUGUUUGUAUGUAUGUUUGUUGUCAUUUUUUUUAGCAUGCGUGCUAAAUGUAUACAUGCAUGUCCUCAUUGUGUAUGUAUGUAUGUAUGUAUGUAUGUAUGUAUGUAUGUAUGUAUGUAUGUAUGUAUGUAUGUAUGUAUGUAUGUAUGUAUGUAUGUAUGUAUGUAUGCAUGUACAGUAUGUACAGUAUGAGUGUUGUCAAGUUUAUAUUACCUGUUCGAGCUGGACUGGACAGAGAGAUUUAUUUUGAAUUACUCACAGAGAGCAUUAUUAAAAAAGAGAUAGAGAGAAAAGGAGAGAAGGUUACAGAGCAAUAUGCAGGAAAAAAACAAUCUAAAAAGUCCAUCUUCAGAGAAAUGGGCAUAAAAGGGUUUGGAAUUGGGAUAACCAUGUGUGCCAAUCCAUCUUUAUUGUACCUGACGGAACACAUUCCACUGCAUAUGUCUUGGGAGAAGAGUGAUUGGGGUGGGGAAAUUAAAAAAAGACAUCAGUUGUUGUACACAUUACAGUAAGAACAGCACUUGCUGUUUUUUGUUCAUUUUGUUUCACAUAUUUAAAUUUCAAUACUACAAUGUGUCCGUUCCAUUCCUGUUGUGUACGCUGCUAUUUUUUAAAAAAAGAAAGUGUUUUUUUUUCUGUUGUCUAUGUUAAGCAUUCAGUAGCUACUCAAACUCUGAAAUAUGGGGUGCAGGAUGAUUGUUACGCAUCACACAUCCUUGUCGUGCCUAGUCUUGCCACAAGGGAGGGGUGGGAGGGAACAGUUUUGGGGGGAUAAAGUGAAAAAAAUACCAAAGAUUUUUUUUUUGAGAUUUUAAGAAGAAAAUGUCCUGUGCCUUUGGAGGAGGAGUGGGAAUAUAAGUAUGUGUUUGUGUAUGAGCGUGGAGAUUUGUGUCGAGGGACUUCUCUCCUUCUAAUACUUCAUAAGUAGGUCUCUCCUACCUUCUAAGAAGGUCCGUGCCUUUGGUUUUUUGUUAUGUUUUUUUUUUAUUUUCAAUUUUUUUAUUAGGUGUUUUUUGUACAGAAUAUACAAACAUUAUUUAUUUUUGUACAGCCUGUUAAAUAUAAUCUUGUGGCUUUUUAUUAUUAUUGUAUUUUUUAUUUGUUAUUAUUAUUGAAAUACCAGAAGGGUGUAGAGUCUAAAGAGUAUUUAUAUACUGUCUGAUAUAUAUAUGGUCUUAGGUUUAUGAAUAAAAUAUAAAAAAUUGACCUGUGAACUGUUGCCAGGAGUA